UUCAGAGUAUAUAAAUCUAGCGGAACAAAACAUAGGAGAUACUCAUUUGGACUUAGAGCUGUUGCAGUUAGAUUGUCAAUCGACGUGCAGAAUGCAGGCGGCUAUCAACACUUUGGUGCAACAAUUCAAACAUUUUGCAGGAAGUGAUGGGAAUGCAGCCACACUCAGUAAAGAGGAGUUCAGAAAACUGGUGAUCAGUCAGCUUCCUGAUCUUGUCAAGGAUGGCAGUGACCCUGCUGUGUCUGACAAGCUGUUCAAGUCAAUUGAUGUGAAUGAUGAUGGGGAGCUGAACUUUAUGGAGUUUUGGAAGCUGAUUGGGCAACUAGCAAUAAAUUCUCUAUAAAAGCUAUAAAGGAAACAUAUUUUGCCUAAUUAUCUGUGAUUCUCUUUUGAACAAACAUUUAAUAAACAAUGCAAUUUUAUCAGGUAA